AUGAAUGAACCUACAGGCUUUGACUACUGGUCUGUUCUGCCAGGCCAAGGCCUCUACUGGGAUCCCGAAUUUAUUGAGCCCGACGGGGAGCACAUCAAACCAGGAUACGUCACAGACAUUAUCACCGACAAGUCUCUGGAUUGGAUCAAGUCGCGAGACCACGAUCGUCCCUUCUUCCUCAUGUGCCAUCACAAAGCUCCUCAUCGUUCUUGGGAAUGUGACGACAAGCAUAAGCGCCUCUAUAAUGACCCUGUUCGUUUGCCGGAUACCUUUUCGGACGAUUACAAGAACCGCGCGAGAGCGGCCAAGGCCGCCAAGAUGCGCGUCGCUGAAGACCUCACCUACCAAGAUCUCGGACUUGUCCAGCCCAAUGGCGGCCGCAGAGUUGGCGAAUCUGUGCUACAGGAGAAGGGUAACAGCGAGCGCAAGAUUCCCGUACCAGGUUCAAUUGCAGAGCUUCACUCCAUGAGGUUAAUGGACAAAGACCAUGGUACUGUCUUUACUUUCGGAAGCCACGCCGAGUUAGCUGAAUUCAAGUUUCAGCGUUAUAUGCAACGCUAUCUUCGCACUAUCCAAUCUAUCGACGAUAAUGUCGGCCGUCUGUUAGACUACCUGGAUUCAGAACCCCAGCUAGCAGACAACACUAUUGUUAUCUAUACCUCGGACCAAGGCUUCUUUCUGGGAGAACAUGGCUGGUUUGAUAAGAGAUUCAUGUACGAGGAGUCAUUUCAAAUGCCAUUUCUCAUCAGAUACCCGAAGGAGAUCAUUUCCGGGUCAGUGUGUGACGAUAUCAUAUGCAACGUGGAUUUUGCGACCACCUGGCUGGACUACGCCAAGCUGCCUACGCCUUCAUACAUACAAGGCACAUCCUUCCGUCCACUCUUGCAGGGCCGUACGCCAGAGUCCUGGCAACAGGUGGCAUAUCACCGAUACUGGAUGCAUAACGACAUUAUUCACCAUGCAUAUGCACAUUAUGGGAUACGUAACCAGAGGUACAAGUUGAUCUAUUGGUACAACGAGCCAUUAGGUGUCAAGGGUGCCCGUCCGGGGGGGAGAGAAUAUAGAGAAUGGGAGCUCUUUGACUGUGACAAGGAUCCAUUGGAGCUUUUUAAUGUGUACCAUGAACGAGAAUAUCAAGGGGUUGUAGGAGAGAUGAUUACGAUGUUAGAGAAAAAAAUGGCGGAAGUUGGAGAUGAACCUGUUCAUCCAAAGCAACAAUGGCUGCUGGGUAUUUGCGUUGGAGGCUGUCAGACGCCUAUUCCUGUAUACGCUUACAAGUCUUACCUCAUUGGAUCCUACCCCGUAGACGCGUCAUUUCUUCCUAACAGGUACGCCCUCACGGCCUCUAUGCCGUCAGAAUCGUUGGGGAGGGAGUUGCAUAGGAAACGUGCUGAAGCAUUGGUAGAGCAGAUGACCUGGGAAGAGAAAGUUGGCCAGAUGGGUGGUAUCCGUCGGCUCCUAAGCCUUGGUCCGCAGAUAGACGAAGAAAACUACGAAUACCGGCAAGCGGAGUACCAGAAUGGAAACAUUGGGUUUGGUUCUACGCUCAACUGGGCUGAUGAGAUUCUUUCACUCACGAACGACAUAAGACAGAGGCAAAUUAAUGAGAGUCGACUUCACAUCCCAUUUAUCACAGUGACGGAUUCGAUCAACAGCCUCUACUUGUCAGGGGGUACUAUAUUCCCAAGUAACCUUGCUAUGGCGGCUACAUUCAACAUCCCGCUGUUCAGGAAGGGCGUUGCUGCACUUCGUGAAGAGCAACUAGCAAUCGGCGUGUCAUGGGUUCUGUCCCCACCACUAGACAUAGCGUGGGAGCCGCGAUAUUCCCGCAUCGGUGAGCUGUUUGGCGAGGACUGUUAUUUAACAGGCGAAUUCGGCAAUGCCUAUGUCCAGACUAUGCAAGACAAGGACGAAUCAGGAAACAUCAAAGUCGCCACGACGGUCAAGCAUUUCGUUUACGGCGAGAGUCGCGGUGGAGUGAAUGCUGCCAGCAUGUACGGAGGAAUAAAUCACCUUUACAACGACCAGUUGCGGCCUUAUCUGCGAGCAUUAGAAGUGGACCCCGCCGCUGUCAUGGUUUCUUAUGCGUCGGUCGAUUUGGUUCCCAUGUCGGCGAAUAAGUAUCUUGUGAGGGAUAUUCUCCGCGAAAGGCUUGGCUUUCAGGGUAUUGUUAUGUCAGAUGCUGGGUCUAUUGCGCAUCUCUAUACUGAGUCUCGGCUGGCGGACUCAUAUGCCGAGGCUGCAUUAUUAGCGCUUGAGGCUGGGUUGCAGAUGGAGUUGAGCCCCGGGACUCUGGCUGUAUUUCCUACUCUUGUUGCAGCUGCAGAGGAGAGGAAGGUGGGAGAGUUGAUAAAUGACGCUGUAUUAAAUAUUCUUCAGCUGAAGUUCGCAACCGGCCUUUUUGACAAUCCUCUUCCUGACCCGGCGAAAGUGAACGAGACCUUACGAGCGCCGGCCCACCUCGACAUCAGUCGCAAUGUCACCAGGGAAAGCAUUGUCCUACUUCAGAAUGACGGUAUCCUACCGACGACGCCAUCGAAAGUGGCCCUGCUCGGCCCAUUCGCUGAUAUCCGUAACUAUGGCUCCUAUGCCCCUGUGAAUUCGAGUGACUCUCGGUACGGCAACUCACUUUAUCAAAGUCUCCAAGCCAAGCUUGGUGCAAGUAAUGUGAACCUAGUCCAAGGAGUCGACUUCAUUGACUCUAAUGCCACCAACAUCGCCACCGCCGUUUUAGCUGCCAAAGAGGCCGGUCUCGCAAUUAUCGUCCUUGGCUCACUGUCCGUCGGUACGACAGAUCCCCUUGUAACCAAGCGGACCGAUGGGGAGUUCUUCACGCACGCAGACCUAAGCUUCCCAGGGGCUCAACAGCAACUCCUCGAUGCCGUACUGGACGCUUCCAUUCCAACGAUUCUGGUCCUCUCUGGUGGACAACCUUACGUGCUCAAUAAUUCAACCCUCCGCAGCAAUGCCAUCCUGCACUCGUUUCUCGGUGGCGAAUUCACUGGCGAUGCGUUGGUCGAGAUUAUCGUGGGCGACGUCAACCCCAGCGGUAAGUUGCCAAUCAGCUUGCCACAAGUUACAUCUGCGAAUCCAGUGUUUUAUGAUUAUCUUCCGAGCGACGAUACCGGGACAGCGGAUAGCAUCUUAGGGUUCCAUUCCACGUACCAGUUCCCUUUACUUUCGCGAGCCCCGUCGAUGCCAUUUGGGUUUGGCUUGAGCUAUACAGAUUUCACGGUCUCGACACCUAUUGCCAGAGCCGGGGAUAACAGUGUUGAGGUGCGUGUGAAUAUUACCAAUAGUGGUUGUAUCGCUGGCAAGGAAGUCGUGCAACUAUACCAUCGCCCAAACACGACGACAGGAAUCGAAUUUCCUGUGAAGCGCUUAGUUAGAUUCGCAAAGGUUGAGCUACACGCUGGGGAAGGUAUAGAGAUUCGGUUUGUCAUUCCGUACAAGGAUCUAGGGUACUAUGUCAAUGGUAAAUUGCGCGUCAAGCCAGGGGUCUACUCUUUCUGGGCUGGUACGAGUGCGAGGACGGAGGAUCUAAAGGGCAUCAACGUGACGGUUGCUUAA